AUUUGCAGUACAAGACUAGAUGCCAGCAAGGUGCGGAUCACGACCGUGGCCAAUUUUCGGCACGGGGGUUGAAUCAAUUGUCGCUGACCCUCAUUGUUGUGCUGCCAAGGGACGUGAAGGGGGUAAUUUUCUGACUCGGUUGUGUCCGUACAAUUGUGAACUUGUGCUGUUGGUGUUCACUUCUGCUUGUCAGUUGAGUGCUGGUGUCAAAGCGUGCGACAACACGGAUUAAUUAUUAUUAUUAUUUAUAUAUAAAACUGUGAAUCCUCCGUUCAGGGCAGGAUUUUUGGCAGGUGUCUGUCCGAUUCUCGCCUUCUCGCCAAUAAAAGAAAAAGAAAAUAAUUUUGUUAAGAAUGGCGGGUCUUCCUGUCGUUCUUAUUACCGCCAAUGUCGGUAGUAUUUUUGAAGAGCCGAAAAAUAUGUUGAAAAUAUGGACGGAGGAAUUCUUAUCGACAAUUACUCGACUAGAUCCCAAAUUCAUAGCUCUACACUGUCAAGAAGUCGGUGGGAAAAAUUACGAACAAAGUAUGAGACAUGUGGAGGAAUUUGUUAGGUUAUUAAUGUCUUCUGAAGAAUUAAGGCUGUUUGAUAAAGUUCGUGUUUAUCUCGACGAGGACUUUUCGUCGCCUGAGCACUUCACGGCUCUUGGAAACUUUUAUUUUGUGCACGACUCAUUGAAAGAUGUAUUUCUGUGGGAUUUUAAAGAUGGCGAAUUUUUGCCAGUUAACGGAAAAGAAGUGCAUUCGGGAAAUAUUGAAACAGUAUCAACUAAGGAAAAAGCAAAGUUUCCUCAGGACUUUUUCCCAGAGUGCAAGUGGUCUAGAAAAGGAUUUUUGCGGACAAGAUGGAGUAUCAGUGGAACAAUUUUUGAUCUGAUCAAUAUACAUCUAUUCCACGAUGCGAGUAAUUUUAUCGCCAUGGAAACAUUUCCGUCAGUGUAUAGUAAAACGCGAAGGAGAGCCCUGGAACAUACUCUAGAAAGGUUUCAUAACGACCAGUAUCCAAACGCCCCUUAUUUUGUAUUCGGGGAUUUUAAUUUUAGAACUGAUACUGCCAGUGUUAUAAAAAAACUUACGGAAGACACACGAGAAAGUAAAACUUCCGCUAAAGGCAGUAUCUCGAAAAUGCAAUUCCGAAAUAAUGACGACUCUGUUGUUUUAACACUGGGGAAGAAAGAGUUUUCUCACUACAAACAUCAAAAUGUUUUCAUUGAAAAUGAGGGCCAGUGGCUUAAGGAAUAUGACAAAGAACUUGACGAUUUCAACGGAAGACUCUUUGAAUUCCCGAUAAAAUUCAUUCCAAGUUAUCCUUUCGAGGAGGACAUUCAGGAAGGAGCAAAUUACAUGCAAACUAGAGUACCGGCCUGGUGUGAUCGGAUUUUACUGAGUUCCACUGCCAAACAACUAGUUCAAAAUAUUCAACCAAAUGAUGUGGAAUAUGGAAUAAUAGGUCCAACAAAAUGUAUGGGGGAUCAUAAGCCAGUCUACCUGAAAGUUAAUCUCGCCUUGAACGCAGGUAUGAUAAACUGCUGCAACUUACAAAACAUUGCUCAAUUUUGCUUUCGAGUGCCAGACAAUUACUUGGACUUAGUAUCCUUGUUGCCUGUUAGCCGUAGUUGUGCCAAAUCAUUCGCCACCGAUCGCUCGUCUAAUUUCUUGCACGCAACACCUAUUAAGCAUGAUCCUUACACACCAGACAGUAUGGAAAGUCCAAGCCCCAAUACAAUGGCAGCUGUCGGAUAUACCCCCAAUUUAGAGUUAGAAUCGUCCGAAAAAUCAGUUUCGCCAGCACUGCUAAAAUUGAAAUUGGAAGAAAUCGCCAUGAUCGCGACUCAAGAGGCUGUGGAUUCCGAACAGGAGAUUGAAAUUACCAACGACUUGCGAAGAAAUCGUAGCAACAGUGACGUUUCUUGGCAGAAGAAGAAACCUUGCGAAGGUGACAGUGAUCAUGGAUUUCAUUCCUAUGACAACAUUUUUUCGAAAUCGAAUGCCCUCUUGGAAUUGGAGAAUCGCGAAAUUCCGCAGAUUAAGAUUAUCAACGCGAGUAACAUGGUGUCGAACGAGAGUUGUUGCACCGAACAUGCUAGAACCAAAUCGGAAAGUGUUGAGGGAUCUUUGGAUGAAAAAGUCGACGGUAGGAGUCAACAAACUACGAAUGAGAUUCUUGUCUCUCACAUUAACAGUUUCACGAUAAACGACAUCCCUUACAAUGACGAAUCUUACAAAGUGAAGAUUAAAAUUGAUAAAUCAACGCAGACGGAGAAGGCGACUUACAUCGAAAAUGGCAACGAUCAAAGUGCCAAUCCACUUCCGUUGUCCGAACAACCGUUGAAAACUAAACGAAAACGAAGACGAAGGAUUCAUGAUCCGAAUAUGACACAUGAAGAAUCUGACGGAGAGGUUGAAAAUUUAAAUACCAACCAGGAUUCGACUAAACAGACAAGAAAAUUAAAAUUAAAGAAGAAUUGCAAAAGGGUAAAUGACAAAAGCAGAAGAGACACUUUCAUUGAGAAGGAGCGUAAACGCUGUUGUGUUAUUUCCUAAUCACUUUUUUUGCACACACAAACUUUAUUUCAUUCAAAUACUUAAUCGGUUAUUUAGUAUCAAAUAAUUAUUGUUUAAAAGUCAGUUAAACGGUUUUACAACCAAAUAAAUUUUAUCUCCUCGUACCAUUUAAUUGCGCCUUAAAUAAUAAUUACUUGAUACAAGAAAAUUUAUUUAUUAUUUUUUAUAGUGCUUAAAGUAAAGUUUCCGAUUAUUUGAAUAAAAUAUUUUUUUAUCUAAAUUA